AUGGAACCGCAACUGACCCGAAGGGAGGUAGACGUUGUUCUUGCAGAGCAGGAGCUGCAGGGUCAGCUGGCUCGCGUCUACUACAAUCUCGUUUUGAGGCAGCGCACCUAUCGUGCCCAUCUCGACUACGUCAAGAAGAUCCAUGGCAUGAUACGUGACAUGGAAGGUCGGGUCGAGGCGCUAACGCCGUUUCACGCGUCCAGAUGCUCGUGGCGCUCAGAUGGAGGCCCUCGCGGUGACACAACAUAG